AUCAUCGACAAUUCAAAGACCACUUAGAACACCUCACUCUCACAGUAUUCGUUCAUUCUCCUCACGGAAAGCCACAAGAAAACAUGCGUUCAUAUUCACUAUAACUGAUUUCACCAUUCCAUUCUCCUCUUAAUUCGAUGGCCUCGUUUGUGGAAAUCGGUCGGUACAAUGUGAUUCCACUUUCUCUGGCUUCUCUUUGUACUUGUCCAUAUCGUCCCACAUUGAACAAAACCCUAAUUUUCAAUCAGAAACGAUAUCCGAAAUUUAAUCUCCGUAUAGUCUUUGAUGGAUCCAGACCCAUGUUUCGAUUUCGCCAAUCCGGCAUUUCCACUAACCGCCACUUCAUUGUCGCUGUUGCGAGAGCUCAGGCGGACCGGCUUGACGAGGACAAUGCCAGAGAGGAAGUUGACAAAGGCAAUAAUUUACUGGUAAUCGAGGAUUCAGUUUCAGAACGUCAACAGAAAGCGAGUCAGUUGAAGAAAAGGAUUGUUUCUGGACUUGGCAUUGGAAUCUCUUUCGGGGGUAUCAUACUGGCUGGAGGAUGGGUUUUCACAGUGGCCUUUGCAGCUGCUGUUUUUGUUGGUGCACGUGAGUAUUUUGAGUUGGUAAGAAGUCGUGGAAUCACUGCAGGAAUGACUCCUCCACCUCGAUAUGUGUCACGAGUUUGCUCUGUUAUAUGUGCUCUCAUGCCCAUACUUACCUUGUACUUUGGCCAAAUUGAUGUUUCAGUUACAUCAGCUGCUUUCGUUGUUGCUACAGCAUUACUUUUACAAAGAGGAAAUCCUCGUUUUGCUCAGCUGAGUAGCACCAUGUUUGGACUGUUUUACUGUGGAUAUCUUCCUUGUUUUUGGGUUAAGCUUCGAUGUGGUUUAGCAGCCCCAGCCUUAAAUACUAGUUUUGCAGGAAUAGGUGCCAAAUGGCCUGUUCUUCUUGGUGGUCAAGCUCAUUGGACUGUUGGUCUUGUGGCAACCUUGAUAUCUGUCAGCAGCAUAAUUGCUGCAGAUACAUUUGCUUUCUUAGGUGGAAAGGCUUUUGGUAGGACACAACUUACUAGUAUCAGUCCAAAGAAAACAUGGGAGGGAACCAUUGUUGGCUUGGGUGGUUGUAUAGCCACUUCUGUUGCAUUAUCACAGAUUUUUCGCUGGCCAACAUCUCUGCUAAGUGCAGUAGCUUUUGGGUUUUUGAACUUUUUUGGAUCUGUUUUUGGUGAUCUUACGGAGUCGAUGAUCAAACGUGAUGCGGGUGUCAAAGACUCUGGAUCCCUGAUACCUGGACAUGGUGGUGUACUGGACAGAGUUGACAGUUACAUUUUCACUGGUGCACUCGCAUACUCCUUUGUGAAAACCUUCCUACCGCUUUAUGGAGUUUGAUAAAAAAAAAUUUGUGAGCAGUGGCUGGAGAAGAUACUAAAUAGACCCAAUUAUGGUUUUCCCUUAGCGGAAGUUGGGAGCAAACAUACAUUCACUCAGAAUUCAGAAGAAUAGUGUGAGGGAAAUUUUUUAUUCUUGCAUUAAUGAACCUCAGAGAAGGUAAAUAUGAUUAAAUUUUCAAUUUUACCUUCUCCAAAUAUUUCUUUGUAGAUCCCAAGUUUCUGUUAAUACUUGCAAUAUGCAUGUCCUGAAUUACAUAGGAUCCAUCACCUGUAGUUACUGGCAAAUGAAAUUAGGCUUAUAUCUGUAAUACAGCCACUGUAGCAUUGUAGUUUUUUCCAUUCUAGGGCAGUUCCUGCUUCUUUGGCCGACCUGUGAAUAUUGCAUAUCAAUUUCCAGUACAUUUUCUAUCUGCUUUCCUCUGAGCAGUUCUCAAUUA